AUGCAUACAGCGAUUACUGGCAACAACAUAGCCCCACUCCUAUCAUCAGAUUCAGAGAUUGUAGUCCCUAACAAAUACAUUGUUGUUUUCAAGAAAGAUGUCGAUGAUCCUUCUAAGCACUAUGCCUGGCUACAGAGCAUUCAACCCAACAGUGAGGAUCGCAUAGAGCUUCGAAAGCGCUCUGGCGACGUCUUCACUGGUCUCAAUCAUACAUAUGAGAUGUCUAGCUUAUGGGAUACUCUGAUUGACUACAUCGAACGCGACUCUGAAGACUAUCUCGACGCAAACGAUCCUGAGAUCCACAACCUUGUAAGCGACGUGCCUAUAGUUCAGAGGAAUGCUUUCUGGGGCCUUGCUCGUAUCUCUCAGCGUAAAUCUCUAAAGAAUAAAACAUUCAAAGACCAUCUAUAUGCCGCUGACGGAAGUGCAGGUGUUAACGUCUGUGUCAUAGACUCCGGCACCAACAUUGAGCACGUUAACUUCGAGGGUCGGGCAACAUGGCUCAAGACAGUCUUGGAGAAUGCGCCUGAUAAAGAUACUGGUGGCCAUGGCAUGUACUGCUCUGAUGCUCUUAUUGGCAAGAGGCAUGGUAUUGCUACGAAGGCAAAUUUCUAUUCCCUCAAGGCCUUUGGCGGCGGAUUCGCAACCUACAAUUCUGAUAUUGUCAAAGCUAUUCAAUACGCGGGAAAGGGUUUCAGAGGCAGCGUUGUCAAUAUGAGAUUAUCAUCCUCGGGCUACUCUGUCGGGGAGAACCAAGCUAUCGAUGCUGCUAUACGUAGUGGCCUUCACUUUGCCGUCGCUGCUGGCAACCAGAACACGGAUGCAUGUACAAGAUCUCCCGCCGCUUGUGACAACGUAGUUACCGUUGUUUCAUCGAAUCUACAAGAGCGGCGCGUUUCUAGCUCUAACUAUGGCAAAUGUGUCGACGUCCUACGCCGCAGAGUCAAUAAGAGAUACUGCCUCUACUACCCAACUACUGUUGGUGCCCUUUCAGGCCUCCCCAACGAAACAAAAAAUAUCUUGCUGUGGAACGGAGGUGGCUCUUCUAACUUCACUGAAAUUAUUGGGCAUGGUGGCUACAUAGUUAAGAAACCCGGCAAUGUGGGUGGAUCUAGGUCCAGGAGCACUGUUCUCUCUGUUUAG